UAGGGAGAGAAAUAAAUAAAGAUACAAACAUUUAAAAAAGAAAUAGUAGUAAUUUUCUGCUGUUAAUGAUCCAAGCUUAGGUUUUUAGUAUCAAACUUAAUUCCAUUGAAAAGGGUUUUUGGAGAAAUUCUUGAAACUGUGCUUAGGUUAGCUUUCUGUGAAGAAGAAAGAAGGAAGAAAUAUGAGAUUUGACCCAAGUUGAGUUCUUGUUCCACCUUACUUCAUAGGUUUAUUUGCUUGCUGAGACGUCCGUGUUUAAGUUGUUUAGUAGAUGAAAUUCUUGAAUAAAGGACCUUUUUGAUAUAAGAAGAGAUGCAUAUUACGUGAGAACUUCAUUUAGUGCUGCGGUAAAUGUUACCAGAAAUUCUUGGUUCACUAUUGCAUCAUUGCUCUAAGACCAAGGCAUUCCGUUAUGGCCUCUCUGUUCAUGCUAUGGCGAUCAAGUCAGGCUUGCGAGAUGACGUUGUCAUAUCCAAUCACAUCCUCAACAUGUAUGCCAAGUGUGGAAAUAUCAACUUUGCCAGUCAAGUUUUUAAUGAGAUGUCCGAGAGAAAUCUGGUUACCUGGUCAGCCAUGAUCUCUGGUUAUAGCCAAGAUGGGAAGCAUCUCAUGGCUAUCAACCUUUACUCCCAAAUGCCACUAGCGCCCAAUGAAUUUGUCCUUGCUAGUGCUCUUAGUUCAUGUUCUAACCUCUUGGCCCUGAAACUUGGUAGACAAAUACAUGCCCAGUCUAUCAAAUUAGGCUGUUCGUCCAUUUCGUUUGUGUCCAACUCUCUGAUCUCAAUGUACAUGAAAAACGGUCAAUGUGGUGAUGCUCUGUCGGUUUUUGCAAGAACACCUAAUCUAACUGAUGUCUCCUAUAACGCAAUCAUUAUGGGUUUGGUAGAAAGUAAUCAAAGAGAGGAAGCAUUUGAAGUAUACAAAUGUAUGUGCCGACAAGGGUUGGUGCCAGACUGCUUCACCUUUGUGGGGUUAUUAGGAACCUGCAAUUCUGAAGAUGAUUUGGGGAAAGGAAUGCAAUUGCAUAGCCAAACGAUGAAGCUCAAACUUGACGGGACUGCUUUUAUAGGCAAUGUAAUAAUGAUAAUGUACUCAAAUAUAAACAUGUUAGAUGAAGCUGAAAAAGUUUUCAGAUCAAUCAAAGAGAAAGAUGUCAUUUCAUGGAAUACUCUCAUUGCUGCUUGUUCUCGUUGUGAUGAUCAUUCGAAGGCAUUGCGCGUUUUUAGAGAGAUGUUGGAGUAUUUUGAUGGAAGGCCUGAUGAGUUUACCUAUGCUAGUGUGCUUUCUGCAUCUGCUGGCAUGGGUUCUAUGCAAUUUGGGCGGCAAAUACAUGCACAUAUUAUUAGAACAAGCUCAAGUGUAGACAUUGGUGUUGGCAAUGCACUUGUGAACAUGUAUGCUAAAUGUGGCUGUAUUCAGUAUUCAUAUACAGCUUUUAGGCUAAUGACUUGUCAUAAUCUUGUCUCAUGGAAUAGUGUCAUUGCUGGAUUUGCUAACCAUGGCCAUGGAAAAGAAGUUAUAAAAUUGUUCGAGGAGAUGAGGAAUGUCGGUUUAAAGCCUGAUUCCNUUUAA